CACCACCUCUCCCCCAGUGUUGUGUCCAAUUACUCACUCUAGGCUAGGCCAUAACAAACACGUUACUGCUUCAACUUAGCCUGUAAUUGUUUUGACAUUUAUACUGACAGAUGAAUUAAACGGAGUGCGCUUACGGCCAAUAAGCACAGCUAAUUUUCACAGCGUGUGUCUGAUACGACAUGCGUUCAUUAACAUGAAAAAUGAACCGAGUGACUGACUGAACAGAAUAUAAUAAUGCCUCAUCAUUCUUCUCCUUUGUGCGGUUCCAUGUUUUACAGUACACGUGUAACGUUGUUACAAAGGUGAUAUAUAGUAUGAAGGGACGUGUGCUGAUUUUAAGUAGGCGGUAGCGGUUAGCGCACGUGGCUAAUUGGUCCCUCAGGACUAGAGGCUAGUGGAAGGUUGAUCGCCACAUGACACCUUGACAGGACAUAAAUAUAUUUUGUUAGCCUCUAAAAGGGAGGAAAUCACAGGCCUGCAGAUUGUUUUCGGUUGAAAGAUAUACCACUGUAUGCUGUUUUUUAAAACGCUAAGCCAGAUGUUGUGGUAGCACUGCACCUACCGUCACCUCUGCUGUCCUUUUAAUAAUGGGUCGGUAUCCACCUUCUAUGAUAUUAAUGCAACGUAAUAGCUGCACUCUGAGCAUGUGGGAAGGCUCUGUUUAAUGACUCCGCGGGGCAUCAGCGGGAGUAAAACCCAGCUCAGUGAUGCUAACGCCUUCCAUCAUCAUGGAGAUAUUCACCGCUCGCUAAUGGAGCCCCGAGUGUCAUUCAGACCCAGAUGCAAAUGGUCUGUACUUUUCAAAUCCCUCCGACUUGAAUAUUCUGUUCUAAAAGAAAGUGACCUGAACCCAAUUCAAAUGCGAGGCUGUUUCAUUUGACCCAUUUCAUACCGCAGUAAAGACUGGUCUGUGACGUGUGAAAUUAGUCUUGUGGUAAUUAGCCUUGUGGUAAUUAGCCUUGUGGUAAUUAGCCUUGUGGUAAUUAGCCUUGUGGUAAUUAGCCUUGUGGUAAUUAGCCUUGUGGUAAUUAGUCUGGCAUUUUUUUUCAACAGGUUGAUGCAGAUUUUUGACAUUUUAAACUAAACCACACUGUUCUCUACUAAAUGUAUUUUAUAACCACCAAAAUGUGGACAGGUCUCUUGUUUGGUUAAUUGAGGUGGGAAAAAGUCAGUGUGCCAGCACUUAUGACCACGAGUUUAUGUAUUUGGCUGGACGGCUGUCUCUGACAUCUCUGCAGCUCUGACAUCUCUCAGUAACAGUGUGACAUGUAAUAUCAUCUGACAUUUAAAAAGGGUUAUGUUAUGGAAAUUGAGGAUCAGCAGGAUGUUCAUGAAGUGGAGGCGAGCCUGGGAGAAAGUGGUUAGUUGGCGAAGGUAAUGUUUCCCCACUGACAUUAGUACUGUUCCUAGGCCGUCAUUGAAAAUAAGAAUUUGUUUUUAACUGACUUGCCUAGUUAAAUAAAGGUAAAAUAAAAUAAAAAAUUAGAGUUACAUUUCUGUCUUGUUCUUAAGUGAGAGUAAAGCAAACAUUGUUCCGUCCCUGGAGAUGGGGCUGUCCGUCCCUGGAGAUGGGGCUAUCCGUCCCUGGAGAUGGGGCUGUCCGUCCCUGGAGAUGGGGCUGUCCGUCCCUGGAGAUGGGGCUGUCCGUCCCUGGAGAUGGGGCUGUCCGUCCCUGGAGAUGGGGCUGUCCGUCCCUGGAGAUGGGGCUGUCCGUCCCUGGAGAUGGGGCUGUCCGUCCCUGGAGAUGGGGCUGUCCGUCCCUGGAGAUGGGGCUGUCCGUCCCUGGAGAUGGGGCUGUCCGUCCCUGGAGAUGGGGCUGUCCGUCCCUGGAGAUGGGGCUGUCCGUCCCUGGAGAUGGGGCUGUCCGUCCCUGGAGAUGGGGCUAUUUGUCCCUGGAGAUGGGGCUGUCCGUCACUGCUUGGAGGGACACUGGAGGAGUCGAGCCCCGUGGAACAAUGAGCAAAUUAGUAUUGGUAAGAACGUGAUCUGCGACCGCACCGCCACCCCCCUGGAUGCCUUCCGCAUGAUGUCAGCCGCCCAGUACUACCCCAAACUGCUGAGCGUCAUGGGUAACGUGCUGCGCUUCCUGCCCGCCUUCGUACGGAUGAAGGAGCUCGUGGAGGAGGGCUACGUGGGGGAGCUGCUGGUCUGCGAGGCCCAGGUCCACAGCAGCAGCCUGUUGGGUAAGAAGUACAACUGGAGCUGUGACGACCUGAUGGGAGGUGGGGGGCUGCACUCGGUGGGUACCUACAUCAUCGACCUGCUCACCUUCCUGACGGGCCAGCGGGCGGCCAAAGUGCACGGCUUCCUCAAGACAUUCGUCAAGCAGACGGCGCACAUCUGUGGCAUCCGCCAGAUCACCAGCGACGACUUCUGCACCUUCCAGAUGGUGCUGGAGGGCGGCGCCUGCUGCACUGUCACGCUCAACUUCAACGUGCCCGGCGACUUCCGCCAGGAGGUGAUCGUGGUGGGCACGGUGGGCCGGCUGACAGUCAGUGGCACGGACCUGUACGGCCAGAAGAACACCAUGGAUGGAGGGCCGGAGCUACUUCUGAAGGACAGCACCCCCCUGGAGAAGGCCUCCCUACCGGAGAAGGCUUUCAGCGACAUCCCCUCACCCUAUCUGACAGGAACUAUUUGCAUGGUACAGGCGGUGCGGCAGGCCUUCGAGGACCAGGAUGACCGGCGCACAUGGGAUGGAAGGCCGCUGACCAUGGCGGCCACCUUCGAGGACUGCCUGUAUGCACUGUGCGUGGUGGACACCAUAAAGAAGUCCAACCAGUGCGGCGAAUGGCAGAACAUUGAGGUGAUGAAAGAGGAACCCGAGGUGAGCCCGGCCUACCUGAUCAGCGAGGCCAUGCGGCGCAGCAGGAUGUCUCUCUACUGCUAGCACUGGCACCAAAAUGGCAGACUGGUGCUAGAGACUGGGGGUGAGAGAGUGCCCUCAUUGGCUGGCUGUCUGACCAAUAAGGGAUAAGGAUCCUGUUUCGCUUGUCCACAAAAUGAUGUGAACAGUGAUGAACACUCCUCUCUCUCUCUCUCUCUCUGUCCUCUUUUCUGGAUGAAUAAGCCUCACACUGUGGGUCUGAGAAAGGGACGCCGUUUCUAUGGAUGCUAGACUCUCGGGUCAACAGAGGGGUUUUAUUGUACCUCCUAGAGAGGUGAAUGUUUAAACCACAGGGGGCUUGAAUGGUUCCGUCCCUGUCUCAGUGUAUGUGUGCUGUGUAUGAGUGUGAAGCCGGAGUGCAAAAAACGCCUGAUAAAUCUAUAGUUUGGCUGGUAGGGCUUUUAGUGAGGGCCUCCCCCUCUGGUAAAGUGUGCAAUAAAUCCUGCCAGAGCUGCAGGCUCGUGGAAUUAUGUCAUCCCGCCUGAAUCAAAGGGAAUACCCUCUUUGCCUGCUUCUCGUUUUUGUAGUAACGUCCUUAUGCAAUAGACAGACGCACAGUCUGUGGAUGGCGACUCAAUCCCGUGCUAUGCUGUGAGUAAAGCCAAGUGUUUUUCUAUCUCAAGGUCAUUCCCGUUGCUUAGCUAGCCAGCUAGGUUAGCAUUUUGCAUGCGCUAAAGCUUCUUACACAAUAGCGACAAUGUAGGCUAAAACAAUCAGUACUAACCUCUGGGUUAGUGCACGGAUGGGACACUAGCAAGCAUCAAGCCUCCAGAUAAACAGCCUUUAAGACUCCCACUAGGAACGCUUUGCUUGACUACCGGUUUGUGUGAAUGUGUAACUUAGUGCUGCUACCUGAAGAACAUGAGUUCAUUAGCUUUUUUUGAGAGAAGAGCACUGAUGGUCAUGUACUCAUCACUAUCCACACAGGUUAUACAGGAGAGAAUGGUAGUAGCACAUAUUGACCUACAAGCCAAAACGUUGUAUUUUUGUAUUUUAUUCAAGCGCUAUCUUGUUGUUUUCCCAAUGUUGAUUAUGCUAUGUAGGCUUAUGUCUAUAGUCUUGUAUAAAACAAAAAGUGAAUUGUUUAAAAUUAGUCAUGAUAUAAAUGUACUGUUUUUUUUGUAUUUUAUUUGUUGUUAAAACUGCGGUGCAAAAAGACUGAAGCAUGUUUUGAUGCACUGUUCAGUAUAAAAGUAUUCAUUUUGUGUUUUGGACUGAUCCGUACGGGGGGUCUAGUUAGUGGGAGACAGGUGAGGUGAGAGAGGCCUUUGAGCGUUCAGCUCCUACGUGCGUUGGUCCUGUCUGUGGGAUCUCUGAGGAAAAUGACUAUUUUGGUUGGAGUUAUAUAGAAACCUUUUUGAAACGUGUGGUCCUCAUUUGUAUUCCAUUUUUGAUCGGUGCAGAAAAUCUAUCAACUUCCCUUAGGGCUCAACAAGCACACUUUGUUAGGGCUCAACAAGCUUUGUAGCUAUUCAACAGAUAUCAUCUGUCCAGUCAGUCAUCCAUUGGGCACACACUGGUUGAAUCAAUGUUGUGUCCACAUCAUUUCAAUGAAAUUACGUUGAACCAACAUUGACUUGACAUCCGUGCCAAGUGGGAUGCCUUCGCCUAUUCAAUGAAACCUGGGACUGUGAUAUUGAUUUAGAAUUUUGGUCGAAGUUCUCAGUUCUGGACAUUCCAGCGCCUAUAUUCACAGGGUGUCUCAGAGUGCUGAUCUAGGAUCAGGUCAAUCCCUGUCUUAUUCGUUAUGAUCUGAAAGGUAAAACUGAUCCUAGAUGUAUUGUGAAUACGGGCCUUGGUCUCAUAAAGAGUUGCGGUCCUCAGUGUAAGAAUCCCUGUUGCAUGUUGGCCUUUCCGAUCGUCAGUAAGCGAGAAGGAGAGAUUCAAGAUCCAGUCUUGGUAUUAUGUACUUGACCAUCCUAAUUCUUUAUCCAAUUCUCAGUUAGUCCCCUCUGUUCCUAAGCCGGGUCUAUGGCCUUGUUCCAAACCAUGCACCUCUAAAGCUGCAACCAGAGAGGAAGUCUGUGAGGAUUCCCUUUUGAGGCCUUAUAGGGACGAGGUAUUAGGAACUAUGGUUUAGUCCCCAGUCUUCCAGUCCAGGAUGGAGCCCGAUUCGCUUUUAUUAGAUCAAAUCAAACCGUUGAACUUGACCGUGAAGAUCGCUAACGCGUCACAUUAAACGUGACAGCACUAAAUCCGACAUCUUAUCAGCAUCUAUGAGUCCGUUCAGCGGUUUGAUCCGGCACACCGCCGUAUUUAGCCGUAAGAUAAACAUCUUGACGAGGUGCUCUAGAUGCCAUUUCCUUCAACAUUUUUUAAGCCAUUUGAUGAAAAUUGAGUUUGGGUAUUUAAGUGGUUGAAUAUAUAAUGUGUGAAAUUAGAAAUGAAUGUUGUGGAAGAUUUCAUGCAUUUGGUGUCCCUCAACAGGUUUGCUGACUAAUUUGUACAUUUUAAUUUAAUGUCUUCAUGCAACUUUAU